UUUCUCUUUCUCUUUCUCAAGCUCUCUCUCUCUCUCUUCCUCGCUCACACCCAGCGACUCUCUCUCUCUCUUCUCCGGUUUCUCCGUUCGCCGGGACUUUUCCGAAGAGGGAGAGAGAAAAUAAAACCGAUUCACUCUUCUUUGCUCGACGAUUAGCUUCCCUUAUUGGGAUUUGAAGAUUUUUUGAGUGGUUAUUUAUGGUAAUGUGGGUUUGAUUAGCUCGCUAAAGCUCUUCGCUCAUGGAUUCUUCUCUCGAUGGAGCUGCAGGUGACUCGUCGAAAUGCAGUGGAAUGAGUGUUGAUGAGAAGAGACAGCUUGUUUAUGAACUGUCCAAGGAAUCGCAUUUAGCUUCUGAAGUCUUGCAGGCAUGGAGCCGCCAAGAGAUUCUACAGAUCUUAUGCGCAGAAAUGGGAAAAGAAAGAAAAUAUACUGGCUUGACCAAAGUCAAGAUCAUCGAGACCCUUUUGAAAAUUGUAUCCGAGAAAAACUCUGGAGAGAAUGAAGGGAAGAAGAGAGAUUCUGAUUGUUUGCCUAUUCAGAGAAACACAAAGAGACAAAGGAAGGUUGAUAAUCCUACUCGUUAUGUGGUUCCAACAAGCAACAAUGCCUCAGCGAGUUGCAACUCGGUUAAUACUAAAGGUGAGGAGAAAACUAUCUACUGUAACAAUUUGGCUUGCCGGGCCAUAAUGAGACGGGAAUACUCGUUUUGCAGAAGGUGUUCUUGUUGCAUCUGUCGCAAGUAUGAUGAUAACAAAGAUCCUAGUCUUUGGUUGACAUGCAGCUCAGAUCCUCCAUAUGAGGGUGAUUCUUGCGGAUUCUCGUGUCAUCUUGAAUGUGCUUUCAAGAGUGAAAAAUCCGGUCUUGCAAAAGACAAGCAGAGCGAGGGAUGCUGCUUCUACUGUGUCUCUUGCGGUAAACCAAACAGCUUGCUUGAAUGUUGGAAGAAGCAAUUGACGAUCGCUAAAGAAACCAGAAGGGUAGAUGAACUUUGUUACCGUCUUUUCUUACUCCAGAAACUUCCAAAGGGCUCGACUAAAUACCAAAACCUGCGUGAGCUUGUGGAUGAAGCUGUGAAGAGUCUUGAAGCUGAUGUGGGUCCUCUCACUGGUCUCCCUAUGAAAAUGGGUAGGGGAAUUGUGAACAGACUUCAAUCGGGACCCGAAGUGCAGAAACUUUGCUCUUCUGCUCUUGAAUCUCUUGAAACUUUAGAAACUACACCUCCUGAAGUUGCUGCAUUGCCUUCACCUCGCUGCUCCAAGAUGCAGCACGAUUGUUCUUACGGAUUGAGCAACGAGAUAUCUGCAGAUACAGCAACCACAGUAUCAACCAAGAUCAGAUUCGAGGAUGUUAACGCGACUUCGCUCACAGUGGUUCUCGCCUCUAAUGAAGUCGGCUCACCUGCAAACAUCGUUCAUUACAGUAUUUGGCAUCGUAAGGUCACUGAGAAAGAUUACCCCGAGAAAUCUACUUGCACAUUGUUUACUCCAAACACAAGAUUUGUUGUCUCUGGAUUAGCUCCAGCUUCAGAGUAUUGCUUCAAAGUUGUGUCCUUUAGCGGAACCAGAGAAGUGAGCGUGGACGAAAUCAAUGUUUUGACGCGUAGUAGCCCUGAAGAAGGAGCGAAUUGCUCUUCGGUAGUAGAAAGAAGCGAAAGCCCUCUCACAAACUGCAGCACAUUGUCUUCGAACCCUUCUUCUGUUGAAGCUGAAUCCAACAACGGUUACAUUGUUCCUCAGAACGUAUCGCAGAACGACAAAAAAGAUUCUUCUUUGACUGAUGAAAACGCUGCAAAAAGAGGGAAGAGGACAACUGAAUCAGAGACUGCACAGAUUGAGAAAAACGCUGAACAGAUUGUGUUGUUGGAUGAGGAAGAAGAAGAAGCUGUUCCGGAUAAGAACGGGAAAACUCCAGUCCCUGUUACUACGACAAAUCUUGUCAGUAACCGAAACAGUUCAGAUGCGAGCUUGCCCAUUACUCCCUUCAGGUCAGACCAAACCAAGAACCGUCAAGCGAGAAACGGGAAAUCGGUUAAAGAAAACGGUAAUAAUAACGGCGAUCAUCAUUCAGCAAACGGAGGAUCAGAGAGUGGAUUAGAGCAUUGUGUGAAGAUUAUAAGACAGCUUGAGUGUUCAGGACACAUAGAAAAGGAUUUCAGACAGAAGUUUCUGACUUGGUAUAGCUUAAGAGCGACGCCACAAGAGAUUAGAGUUGUGAAGAUAUUCAUCGACACGUUUACUGAUGAUCCCGUGGCUUUAGCUGAGCAGCUCAUUCAUACUUUCAACGACCGCGUUUCGGUCAAGCGUUCUGCGAUUGGCGGCGGUGCGUCUGCGGUUGUUCAGUCUGGAUUCUGUAUGAAGUUGUGGCAUUAGGAGAUGGAGAUUUGGGUUUUAUCGGGUUUAAUUUAUUAAGUUCUUUAAUUAGCUUCUCUCUGGUCUUUCUGAAACCAUUUUCAAAACUUUAUUUAUCAUUAUUGGGAAAUUUGCAUUAUUGGAACAUUUCCAUGCAAGAACAAUACUGUUGGUAUCGAAUAGAUUGUAGCUUAUCUUCCGUUUUGGUUUU